AGGAGGUGCAUACGAGCAUGGAGGGGGUAGUGGUUCGACGAGGGGGAAUCCUUUGCAGAGGAUGUUGCGUAGGGCAACUUCGCAGAGGAAGAGUCCUGCGGUGGAGGACUAUAACGUGGCAUCCGGUGGGAGAAGAGGAAUGACCCAACAAAUUAUUGAUACAGGCUCCUGGACGCAGAAGGGUAGGAAUGCAAAGGAAGUUAUUGGUAAAGCUUGGUCAAAGUCUUUCUUUGGAAACAAUGUUUCCACUCGGGCGGAGUAUCUUAAGGUUUUGGAGGAUAGGAUGCGUGACGUGUUCAUAGGCACGUAUGUGGGUCCAGCUGCUGUCCUAAAUCCGAGGUAUUCAUACACGAUGGAUCCAACUCAAGAAAUGUUCCGUGGACUCAAGGAUACAUUUGAGCGCAUGACGGAUGUCCAGAGCGCCGUGCAGGCAUUGCAGGAGCUUGAGGUGUUUCGGCAGAAGGUUGACGAGUUUGGCAGUGAAAUGGCAAUGAGAAUGGCGAUGGAUCCAAAGACAUCCCCAUGUAAGAGCUAGUCCGUAAAAUAUUGUUGUUUUCUCUAUUUGAAUAUAUUGCUUACAUACUCGGUUGCACAUACAGCGUCGUGGUGGAUGAUGUUCGGAUCAAGCACUCCAAAGCUGCAGUACCUUGCCAUGCGGCUUGUUUCGCAAUGUUGUUCGUCCAGUGGAUGCGAGUGCAACUGGAGUA